ACGUGCUGUAGUGCCAUCAAUGUUACGUUAUGUAUGUGGUUCAAACUGUGCAGUAUCAUAUUAAUUUCUAAUGCGUCUUACAUGUCACCAAGCGAUGAGUUUUCAUGAAAAUAAUUUAUGGCGAGAAUGUUUCUUCAGUAACUCGAAGAAACCGCCAUUAAAGUAAAAACUAGCUCAUCAUACUGAAUUGUUUAGACUACAUUCGAAACAAAAUGAAUAUUACAGCACAUACAGACACAUAUGGAAAUGGAAUAGAAAAGAAAAGAAAGCAAAAUAAAUUAGAAGAGUAGAACAUAAGUAUUAGGAAGUAGUUAAAAAUAAAAUAUCCAAUGUUUAUACUAGAGUUAUUCGAUUAUGUUUAACAUCUUGCUGAUAAAUAGAUAACAAUUUCGAAAAAUAUGGAAAUAAUGGUGACAUAAAAUACGUAAUUUUUCAGUUAUUCAAUGACGAAAGUAACAAUGGUUAUAGAGUUGUACAGUUUGCCUUUAUAGCAGCGACAUUUCAGUAUCAUUCGGAAAAUGUUUCCAAAACUUCAAAACGCUUUUAAAGUAUCUGUUAGGACAUUCGGCGACAUUGCGGAGAUCAUGCAAACGUAAAAUAUACGAAUUACAAGUACGUAACCCGUACAAUUGCAGGAUUUACACGCGCACUAUCGAAUACAUCGAUUCCUUUGAUACAAUAUGACGGAUCUUCGUUUACGCGCCGUUGCCUGGUGAAUUGGUGACGGUGAGCGCUCGAUUGGUCGAUCGACGCAGCAGCCGACGCACUGGAUUGGUCGUCGCGGUUCGUACAAGCGCGACGACCAAUGGCUGCACAGACGAGAUGCGAGGUGCCGUGCCUGGCCGCGUCACGAUGUGCUAAACCGACUCGGACCGCGCGACCAUUCGUACGCGACGCGCGACGUCGGUUGCGCGCUUGAGAGGACGCGCGCGUCGGGAUUUCCGCACGAUUUCGAACAUUCGCCAAUUGUAUAAACCGUCGUUUCACGAAUUCAUCUGCGCGCUUUAUCAAAAUGUGAUUCGGGUGAUUUCUUUCGGCGAUCUCUUUCGCUUCCUUCGAGACGUUUCGUCGAAAAGUGUGCAUCAGCGAGUUCUCGAUCAACCUCACGUCGGAUUCGCGCGCCGAACAUGAUACUUCCGGAGCUGAAAAGUUGAAGUUUCAGAUGGAGAACGAAGGUUACGAGGAGGAUCAAUCGCGCACAGAAGGAGAGCAGUCCACACUCGAGAAUUCUAAUCAUCAGCUUCACGCGAGUACGAUUGAAGCUGAUGCUUCCAUCGUGACCGUGACGCAUUCCGACGGUCACGUCUACGAGGAUAUCUCCACCAAUACGGAGAAAACCCUUGAGUUGUCUGAAACACCCUUUUCUGACAAGUCUCAAAGCAUUCAUGAGACUAAAGAUCUCCGAUUGCCCGAUGCAACGAAACGAGCUUGGAUCAGUAGACCAUCAUCGAUCGCGUCUCCUACGAUCGAUAGAUACUUCCGAAACGACUCGACGUUGCCCUCCUCGGCUGGAAUUAGUGCGAAUCGUGAAAGCCCUGUUUCUUCUUCACUAACGGCAAGCAAAGAUGACCCCGCGAGACUCUCGAAGAAUUCUUGUGACUUUCGACGAGACGUUCUGGAAAACGUAUCCUUGGAAUCGUCUCGGGAGGAUUCGACGCGGGAUGCGUCGGUGCAGUCUGAUCGCAGGCCGAAUCGUCGACGACGAAAGAAGGAUUGCAAGCACUGUAGGAGUAAACUGAGCAGCGCGAGUUCUUGCGAAAAGCUGAACGAGCUGGCUGAUGGCAGGGACGCGAUCCUUAGGGAAAACGCGAGUAAGCAUCCAGACAAGGAGUUCGACGUGACCAAUCUGUUGUUUCGAGAACCGUUCUUGCACUCGCAGAACUUGAAGAUCUAUCCAAUCGUGAACAGGGCAAGUCUUCGGGAUAUUGGUGCUAAGAAAGGCUUUCCCGCGUUCUCUGAGAACAGACUGGGGAAUGCGGCCGGCACUUCGCCGAACGCCAUAGACGAUGGAAUAUUGGGUCAAGUAGCGGAAAGUAAUCAGACCAAGAUGUAUCAAGAGAGCAAUGGAGUGUUGAUAAACGGGAUCGACAUGAGGGUUAAUUCAAUCUACUCGCAAGAUCGCUGGUACGGCAAGGAGUUGCCGGUAUUUUACACUGGCGUCAAGGAUCAGAAUAAUUUUCAGAGAGCCUACUCGCUCCCGGCAUGGACGCACAGCCCAACCUCGCAAAAUCGUGCUAAUUUGCGCCGAAGCGUCAGAAACGAUCCAGCACCACAUCCGGCGCGUUUGGAUAAGCAUCGCCGCGGUUGGACGCUACAUCUGGUCCGUCCCUUGAAGGCAUCCGGAUGGUCCAAACCUCUUAUACCCUUAUUGAUCAUUGUACUGGCCCUGCUGGGAGUCGCGGGGGUCGCGUUGUACAUUGUCUUUGAGCCGGAGAAAAUCCAAAUCAUUCAGCAAUACCUGAAGUCGUCGACGAGCAAGUUGACGGGGGAGAAUUUUGUUGAUGAUACUUCUGCUGAGUCGAUUACAUCAGUGAUCCCGAAUGAUGAACCGAGUCUGGCGAGCACCGAAGCAAUAUCGACGUCGACGAUGGCAAGAAUGAACGUCGAUACGUUCACCGUAGGCGCCCUUUUAAACAGCGAGUCAUCAUUUCCGGAAAGCACUUCGCUGCCGACAGCCACGGAAGCGGAAACUGCGAGUCAGGACGCUAAUGCGACGAGGUAUUGCGAUGAUUGCUUCGAGGGUGAGGUGUGCGUCGCCCUCGUCAGCGAAAAGGUGCCGACCUGCAGGAACCCCCACGACCGCGAGGAUCCCACCGGAUGUGCCGGUUUCUGCGUUGUCAAUAAGCAGAAGUGCCAUCGGCUCGAUGUGGACGCCUUCAGAUGCGUGGAGAUCGAACAUCAUUGUCUGGACGACGAGUGGACUUGUUCCAACACUCUAUGCAUCCCUCUGGAGAAGCAUUGCGAUGGGCACAUGAACUGUUACGAUCACACGGACGAAUACGAUUGUGUCUGCAAUCUGGAGACGCAUUUUCAUUGCGGUAAUAAGACAUCCUGUCUUCCGUUGGAGAAGAGAUGCGACGGGAAGAUAGAUUGCUGGGACGCAGCCGAUGAAAUUAAUUGCACAUUAAGUCGUAAUCUCGAUUGGUUUUGUCCUCUGGAUAGCGAAUUCACUUGCAGCAAUGGAGAAUGUAUAUUGAAAGCGCGUUUUUGCGACGGGCUAUCAGAUUGCAGCGACGGAUCGGAUGAGCCUCAUGGCUGCAAAGGGAGAUGCAACAAACAUGAAUUUACAUGCCAAAACGGUAGAUGUAUUAUGAAAAAUCUAAAAUGUAACGGCAUCGACGAUUGUGGAGACGGCACUGAUGAGGAACACUGUAAAAAUCGGUUUACCUAGCGUUUGCACGUGAAGAAAACCAUGGUCGAUCAGAAAAA